AUGCUGCUCUCGAGUCUUGGCGAGGAUGCCUUGCUCCACCUCGGCGAGGGCACGCUUUCCACGGCAUGCGCCAACGAUAUUGCUCUUGUGGACAGUGCGGUGCUAACGUCUGCGUUGCCAGGCUCGUCCGGGUUUGUCACCAUUCGACGCACCUUGGCUGCUGAAGGCAAAGACCCAGCGUCCGGCAGAGGCUCUGGUGUGUGGCCACCCGUGACCCCGCGAGUCAGUGGUCGAGCCCACGGGGACUCGCCGUCGCCUUGCACUGCUUCCGCCUCGACGGGUCUUGCAGCGUCACCGGCGGCCGCCGUCUCUGCCAGCGGCGUGCUCGCCGCCAUGACCCCGAUCAUCACCUGCGGGCUGGGCAGCAAGUGUUGGCCCAGGCUGCUUUCUCACGCCGAGCCCGCCACCGAUACGCAGCCCCUUCAGUACUUCAAGGAGGCUGUGGUGGUGCCUGUAACGACGAUGCGGCUACUCGGUGUGGAGGAGGGCGCCCUGGUGCAGCUUAACUUUCACAGUGAGGAAAAGGUACUGGAGGCGUCCACAGUGUUGUUUGCCCUCAUGUCGGACGGUGUGGGGGAGGAGCUUUCCUUUGACAGCUACAUGCGCCACUUUAUUGCCCCCUUCUUCAUUCAGCGCCGCCGUGCCAUCAGCGUUGCGGAGGAGUUUGAAAUAAAGAACCACGGCCACGGCCAGCUGCACGUGACGGUGAUGGCGAUUGACGACGGACUGCUGAAGUCUGGGAUUUUGGUAGAUGACACGUGCGUUCGUUUGGUUGUUCAGCCCGCGGCUCCGCCACAUCUGCAAGGCCAAGAGGGCACUCCCACGUCCAAAAAUCCCACGCCGCGGGGGCGUACCCGCUCUGCCUGCAGCGGACGGAGCCCCGUGCGGGAGUCCUCGGAGCCACCGUACACUCAACCUGGUGCGUUGGCAGCGGCGCCCCGUGAAAAUUUGCUGCCAGGCGUAGGGUUUUCCCCACCGCCGAGGGAUCAUCACCCGAUACUGGGAAGGCCGCCACGGGUAUACGUCCCCUCACCCCGGCUAGCCUCCCGCAGUGCCGAGCCGCACAGUGGUCCCGCCUCAUUUCCGACGUAUUUGCCUCAGACCAUGGAGCUGCGUGAGGUGCAGAUUGUGCAGCGGAAACAUUUGCCCACGUCAUGCACUGCCGUGACGAAUGUGAGGGCCGCUGCGGAGUCAGACGCUGGCGCCGACCUCACCCGCAAUGCCCAUAACACCGGCGCUGCUGCUUGUGCCGAUGCUGCUGAGGUUGCGGCCGCCAACGCCGUCGCCGCCACGGUGGAGGAGAGUGGAGGGGUGAGCGUGGUGCAAGUAACAGCAUACCAGCGACCUGGCACCUCGCCCACGACGGUGCAGGCUCCUGCUCCAGGUGGCCCGGGCACUUCUGUCAACGUCACCUCAACGGAGGCUCCAGCGUCUCCUUCGAGGCUGCUGCAAGGGAAACGUGAGCUCAGCACACAGCGUGAAACACAUGCAUUGGGGGGCGAGGAGGCAGCUAUCGGCUCAGGUGGAAGCAACACGACGGAGCCAAUCCUGCAUGAUCCCAACACGGCUGCGGGUGUGCCGAUGCAAAAAACCGACCCAGAAAACAAACGGCGUUCACCGGAUGCUGUUUCCAACGUUAUGCCACACCACGAUGACUUUGCUGAAGCCACUGAGCUGCGAUCUGAGCAGCUGCCCACACUGUCGGAGGAUGCUGCAUGCAGGGCCCACCGGAUUGUGGAAAGCUGGCUGGCGGUGAAGGCACAGUGGCGGGAGCUUUCCAUCAGCCAUCUGCUGAAGUGUGAGUCGCACGUCGCUAUCAAGGUGUUCCAGCAUUUCCUUGCGGUAUACAAGGAGCUUAAACAAAGACACACGGACUGUCUUGCCUACCUUGACUCUCCGUAUGGGCACACUGUGCGAGGGGAUUUGGUGCUUCGCGUCUCGCUGCUGGCGGCAGCACGCAGGAAGAAAGAGUGCGGCAGUGCGGUGGAGCCACUGUGGCGACGCGGCGAAUUGCACGACGAGGAUGAGGCGGCAUCCGUCGCAACAGCCAACGAUGAUGUCAAUAGCACCAGCACUGUCGGCGUGAGCAGCGAGUCACAGACAGUUUUCCUGGCGGCGAAGCUUCUGCGAUUGAGUUUGCGUGAGUUGAGUGCCGCGUUGGGGCGCGACGUGUUGCACGUUUUCCGUGUGGGGGGCACAUGCCCUAUGCUGUACUGCACGCUGAUGAAGCGCUGCAGCAACGGCCCGCACGAGGUGACGCUCCUGGGUGAGCCGUGCCCUGUAGAGGUGUUGCGGACAACCAUCCUGGAGGACAUAUGCGAGGCACGCGAGGAGAGUCGUCGCGAGUGGGUGAAGCUCUCUACAAUGUGGAAGGGCGCCGUGUCGGGCGUGCUUCAGCUCGGCGUCUUUACGAAACACUUGCAGACCGUGCGGCACUUGUUCCUGGAGCUGGCCCGCCUGCUACAUUACCCUGACGAGGUGUGGCACAGCGCCAGCUACUGGCGACGCGUCUACGCACACCCACCCAGAGGCAGCGAGGGCAAGGCGCUGGCGGAGCGGCGUCGUGACGUCACCUCGGUGUCGCGCCCAACUCCCGCCACAAAGAGUUUCACGGAAAAGGUGGUUGCUCCUUCAAUCCAGUGCGAGGAGUUCCUUCCAUAUCUGCAUGAGCUGCAGGAUACCUACUACCUGUUCGUUGAACUUCUCGAGCCCUUUGUGCUGCACUCCAUGCAGCGGCUGAACACCGUUUCCGCUCUCACGGACACGAUGCAGUGCAGCCCGCUGGUUGAGUUUCUCCGAAUCAGCCAUCGGGCACAGCUCGCAGAUGAGGAGGCAUGUGAGACGGGGACGCCGGUGCCAUCCGCUGCUGUGGAGGCGGAGCGCGAGGCUUUUCUGGCACUGGUGGAGGCACGUAAGGCCGGUGCAGUUCCACCGCUUCCCACAGAGUGGUGGGAGACAAACGGCGAGGGCGACAACCUCAAGUUUUUAAGAUGA